AUGUUUGCGCGUAGUGGUAUUGUGCGCUCUGCGGUGCAGAGCACCCGGGCGAUGGCGCGUGCGGCGUCGACGACGGCGGCUGCGGGCGCCGGGAAGAAGGCGUCGUGGGUCAAGGACGCGCUCGGACUUGCGGGCGUGGUGACUGCUGGCGUGGGCUUCUACUACGCAACCGAGUCUGGGGCUGGGGCUGUGUACGCGUCCGACGCGCUUCACCCGCCGUCGUACCCGUGGGACCACACCGGAUGGACCGACACGUACGACCACGCGUCGAUCCGGCGCGGGCACCAGGUGUUCAAGGAGGUGUGCGCGACGUGCCACUCGCUCGACCGGCUGGCGUACCGCAACCUUGUCGGCGUGGCAUACACCGAGGAGGAGGCUAAGGCUCUGGCGGCGGAGAUCGAGGUCGAGGACGGGCCCAACGACGAGGGCGAGAUGUUCAUGCGCCCCGGCAAGCUCUCGGACUACUUCCCGCGGCCGUACGCGAACGAGGAGAUUGCGCGCAAGGCCAACAACGGCGCGCUCCCGCCGGACCUUUCGCUCAUUGUCAAGGCCCGCCACGACGGCGCCAACUACGUCUUUGCGCUCCUCACCGGCUACCCGGAGGACCCGCCGGCGGGCGUCGAGCUCCGCGACGGCCUCCACUACAACCCGUACUUCCCCGGCGGCGCCAUCGGCAUGGCCAAGGCCCUCGAGGACGGCCUGGUCGAGUUUGAGGAUGGCACCCCGGGUACGGCCUCGCAGGCUGCCAAGGACGUCACCAUGUUCCUCGCCUGGGUCGCCGAGCCCGAGCUCGAGGAGCGCCGCCUUGCCGGUCUCACCGCCCUUGUCUUCCUCGGCCUCGUCGGCGCUGGCACCUUUUACAUGAAGCGCCUGACGUGGGCCGUCGUCAAGUCGGCCCAGGUUGUCCGCACCGUGGCGCGCAAGUGA